AUGACAGUGGCCCCAAUCCAUCGGCUUGUGCUUUGCUUACGUGUGACCUUUGCAUUACAGCUGCCCCCGUUUCCUGAGGCCUCGGUGUAUGGGGAAGCUCCGCCCGUGGACGUGAUCCAUAAGAUGGACGCAAUUGAUGUGAUUGCCUCAAAGGAUCUGGGAGCAAUCGUCUGGAAAGCUGACCUCGAAGCUUGUGAGGGCGCUGGCGCUCUGGGAGUGUUGGUGUACUUUGCCUUUGAUCAGCAUCACAGCUUUGCAGAGCGAUCGACGAAGCCGUUUUUUCUCGGCGAAUACGGUGCGGAUGCGUACGACACCACCAUCACUGCUGUCAACGAGGACGCCCAAGCCUAUGCAACUAAAGUCUUGACGGAGCAGAUCAUGGAAAACAGCGCCAUCUUUCCUGGUGGCAUUUGCUCUGGCGGACUUAUCUUUGAGCUAGCGGAUGAGUGGUGGAAAGACGGCGGCGGUAGCCCGGAGGCGCAGGACACUGGUGGCUUGGCGCCGGGAGGCGGCCCUUUUCCCGACCGAGUCUUCAACGAGGAAUGGUGGGGUCUUUUGACUGUGGAGCGCGUACCGCGGAAGGCCUACUACGCCUAUGCUGCCCUGGCAAUCCCCCGCCCAGACCUGGCCGAAUCCGUGCUGAAACACGGAGGCAACGCCACGGAGGGCCUGAGGAAGAGCUGCACUCCACAGGGCUGCACGUUGGUACCUCGUCCGCGGCAAGAGUUCUGUCCCCUUCAGGGUUGCGGGCACUUGUUCGGAGAAGGGAAGAAGGAAGCCAAGACGCCGAACCCUUGA